AUGAACUACUAUAAAGGCGAGUGUGAGUUGUUACUACGAAAAUAUUUUCUCUGUGUAGAAGAGAAAAGAGCCUUGGAGGAUACGGUGCGAGACAUGAGGCGCGAGCUGUCAGCAUUGACGGAUGAAUUGGCUAUUGUCCGCCGCGGAUACGACGAUCAGUUGUCGCAGAUGACAGAACAUGUUGCGGAGUUGAAUGGGAAACUCGCAGGUAUUGAAAGAGAGCGGACAGAACAAAAAACUCCUGCUACGCCACAGAGGAGUGGGGUAGGAAUUUCUUUAUUUCCAUUAAGUACUUUGGCAAGCGGAUGAUA